GCAGCAGCGAAUGCCUGUUUUUGCCUCUCCUCUCCCUCUCUCUCUGCGCGCUUCUCUGCUCUGCUGCAGUGGAAGGUCCUCACGCUGCGCUCGCAACUCGUCUCAGUGGAGGAGAUCUGAGCAUCUCGGUGUCAUUUUUCACACCCUUCUUUUCGUUUCCAUCCCUCGUUCUUUUGCCGUCCUCUCUCCUACUUGAGGGGUCUGGAUAAAUGUGAGGGGAAAAGUCAUAGGAUAGACGAGAUGAGAAGGGAAGAGCUCAGGAAGUGUUUGAUCCAACAUCUCCUGCACAUAUGACUCUGUGAUGUCCUGCUGUCUCCGGGUGACAGAGAAGCUUGUGCUCUUUGAUACCUCCUGCUUUUAGACUGUGUCAGACCAGCAGUAUUCAUGGUCGCCCACGCAGUACUUCGAUGAGGACAGCUACUCCCCUCCACCCAGGAACAUGAAGGGUCUCUCUGGCGGCCGCCCUGCCCAGCUCCAGCUCACCUCUCCCAUCUCAGCCCACACCUGCGGCCUGGCUGAAUACGACCAUGCCCUGGACCAUCACCUCCACUAUAGCAACUCACGCCCCCCCUCCUACCUCCUUAGCCCCACAGAGAGCUGCCCCCUUGAGAGUCACCACCGCUGCUCCCCACGGAGCUCCAUCCACUCUGAAUGCAUGGUCAUACCAGUUUCCAUGUCGGCCACGGACCAUUCCAUGUCUAGUAGCACUUUCCCCCGCAUGCACUACGGCAGCGCAACACGGGAAAGCGGGGGCAACAACUCUGGCAGCAGGGACCCCCGAGAUGACGGUGGAUCGUCCUCGCAUGGUGGUAGCGGCAAAAUGAACAGAAUCCCAGCAAACCUCCUCGACCAAUUUGAGAAGCAGAUGCCGCUGCACCGGGAUGGCUUCCACACGCUGCAAUACCAACGCACCUCCACUACAACCACGACUACGGAGCAACGCAACGAAAGCCCGGGGAGAAUACGCCACUUAGUCCACUCUGUACAGAAGCUCUUCACAAAAUCGCACUCACUGGAAGGUUCCUCAAAGAUGAACGGUACCAAAGGCGACUCGCAGCGGGACAACUCGCACCACCACCAUCACCACCACCAAGGCCACCAUAAACACAACAAACGCAGCAAGAGCAAAGAACGUAAAUCUGAAGGAAGCGGCAAGCAGCGCUCAGGAGGUUGGUGGAGUUCGGAUGACAACCUGGAUAGUGACAGUACAUACAGAACACCCAGCGUCAUGUCACGGCAUCCUGUGGAGCAUAUCGGCCACUGCUACCCUGACUCGAUACAUAGCCACCUAGCUGGAGACCUGUCCCUCAAGACAUCCAAGAGUAAUAACGAUGUCAAGUGCUCAGCCUGCGAGAGCAUCAGCAUGGCGCCAGAGGGAAAGUUCAUGAAGAGGAGCUCCUGGUCAACGCUGACGGUCAGUCAAGCCAAGGAGGCCUACAGGAAGUCCUCCCUCAACCUGGAGAAACCCAUGACACCCAGCGACCUCAAGCCCAACAUCAGGCCCUGCCACUAUCUUCAGGUGCCCCAGGAUGACUGGGGAGGUUACCCUGGCGGCGGGAAGGAUGAUGAGAUCCCUUGUCGUCGGAUGCGGAGCAGCAGCUAUGUUAAAGCCAUGGGGGACGAGGAGAGCGGAGAGUCGGACUCCAGCCCCAAGACAUCGCCUCAGAAGGUGGUGCGCCCCGACGCCCUGGUCAAAGCCAUCAUCAGACCCAGGGAACUGCUGGACUCCCACAGCUCUUUCCGCCUGGAUAAAAUCAACAGUGACAUGCGUAACUACAUCACCAAUUUUGCGGCAGACUUAAGUCAGAGCUACCACUUGCAAGCCACCAGGGACAUGCACCCAAGCAUUGCCCUGGAUCCCUCUGCCAACUACAACUCUCCCAAGUUUCGCUCCAGGAACCAGAGCUACAUGCGGGCAGUCAGCACCCUCAGCCAGGCUAGCUGUGUUAGCCAAGUGAGCCAGAUGAGUGAGACAGAAAUAAACGGCCAGUUUGAAUCAGUGUGCGAGUCGGUGUUCAGUGAGGUUGAAUCCCAGGCCAUGGAGGCGUUGGAUCUGCCCGGCUGCUUCAGAACUCGGAGUCACAGCUACCUGCGAGCCAUCCAGGCCGGCUACUCCCAGGAUGAUGACUGCAUCCCCCCCAUGGCGUCUAGCGUCGCCUCCACCAUCAGGGCUACCACAGACAGAAAUUAUGUUCAGGAAGACUCUUGUUUGCCCGACCAGGCCAGUGUACAUGAGGAUUUGGCAGAAGCGGCCCCUUUGGAUCAUGAUGAUCUAGGCUGCCCCAUCAGAAGAGACAGACUUUACAAAGAAGAUAACAUGGGGGCAGGAGCCAAACCUGUGUCGGGACCACCUGUUUCUCCAAGCCUCUUCAGAUCCCACAGAUCUAGUGCCCCAGAACGGCCAUCACCAAAAGCAAUCCAGGCCAGUAUCAAAGAGUCUGCUUCUCUGGCUGCAGCUAUCAGCAUGCAGUGGAAAGAAGAGGUCUCGGCCAUGCGUAGAGAGCUAGCUGAUCUGAGAAGGGACCUCUGUGUAGAGCUUCGUGCUUUCAACAGUAACUUCAACACUUUCACACAGCAUUACAACACAUGGUCUCCGCAAGGUGGUAACAUGGCUGCUGGGGCAGGUUUAGGAGGAAGGGUUGGAACAGGGACAGGACCCAGGGCGGGGGCAGGGGUAAGAGCAGAUAUAGGCCCCGGGACAGGAGCAGGGGUGGGGGUGGGGGUAGGGGCAGAUAUAGGCCCCGGGACAGGAGCAGGAGUAGGUGCUGGGGCAGGGAAGGGCUCAGGGGCAGGAGGAGUUGGAACCUCUGCAGCACAUGCGGGCACUGGGGCAGCUAAAGAGAAGAAACCACAGAUAUCUAAAGUGUCUGUGGGGACACAGGCCAGAAGCAAGGUCCUUGUCCGGCAAAGCACUGCAGAUGCAGCUGUCAAUUGUCCAGAGGAGAAGGAAGAGAAGAAAGGGGCCCGUCGUCUGCCAAAACAGCUCUCUAUGGACCCAAGCAUUCUGGCCUGUCCACAGUCAAUGUAUGUGGAGAGUGCCAUACCACUUUCUUUGGAUCCAAUACUUUCAGGCUCUGUUAGAGCAGCUGAACCAAAUGUAUUUGAGUUGACUGCUCUGCCCUCUCUAGCCAAUCUUGAAACAGAGUUACCAGCCCAUACAGUUGUGACUUCAUCUGAUGUGGUCAUUUUUGAGCCAGUCACCACUCAUGGUACAGUGCCAAUUCCUCCAGAAGCAGAUCUUGAGAGCCCUCAGGAUUCAGUGAUAGCAGAUCACAAAAUUCUAGUCACUCCGCAGCUGAUAAACUUAGGCCCAGCCAAGGAGUCCCGUUCAGAUACUUCUAAACCUAAUGACACCAAAUGCCCAGACUCAGUACUUAUUGAAAGGGAUCAAAUACAGCUGCCAUAUCCAGUUCCUGUAGUAACUGUUUCUCCACCUGAAGAACGUGGUUAUGACAGCAUGUCAGAUUCAGAGUCUCCCGAUCCUUUCUCUGGUGAAAAGCCAGAUCUGGUGUAUCAAGACUCUGCUGCUGUGUCUUUGCCAUAUUCAGGAUCAGAUGAUCCAGAUCCUCCAGACCCAACAGAAUUAGAAUCACAACCUUCAGAUAUACCCAUGGUGUUCCCAUCUGAUCCCAUUGGUCAAGACCCAUUAUUGGUCUGUGAUGCACCCACACUUGAUCUCGAGACUGUUACAGAAUUACAUUUAGCAACUGACAUUAUGUAUCCAUCCAUUGUGGUGUCAGAGUACCCUGACACAGAUUCUCCUGCAAGUCCAACUGACAGUGACACAAAUCCAGAUCCCAUUAUCACCUUUCCAGAUUAUAUUUCUGACCCUCCCCCCGAGCAACUGACAUCGGUCUCAACCUUUGCCUCCACUUCAGUAGAUACUCUACCCGACACUGAUCCAGAGUCUCAAGACUCAGAUUGGCCACCCCUUCCUGGACCCCUUGAUACCACCCCUAUAUUUCAUGCCGAUCUGGUCCACUUUGACUUAGUAAUGCUGACUUCCCUAGAUCAAGAUGAUCUUGACUCAGUGUUCAUGGAUCCUGAACCAGAGCCUUUUAACCUGAGUGGUGACUAUCUAUAUGAUACAGAGGAUUUAGAUCCUAUCUACCAAUCAGAUUGUCCAGGUUCACCGCUAGCCACUGUUGACCCUGCAGUGGAUCCUACAUCAUCUACAGAAUCUAUCUGUUUGGAUCCAGCAAUGGAGUAUCGCCUAGCUCUCAUGCCUCGGCAUGAUCCCCCAGAAGUACAUGGAUUCCUACUACCACAUGUCACUGUCACAAUAUCCCCUCCUAGUUCAGUGUCUCAUGAUUCAUCGCUGGAAAUGGACUUUGGACCCUCAAGUCCAACCCCAGAUGAUCUUCCAUCAGAUACAGAUCCAGCACUGCCAGACCUUGAAGACCUACCCUCAGUGGACCUGACACACAGUGAGCCAGAUGAUAUGAUUGCUGAAACAAUGGACUGUGUGGCUAUAUCCCAUGAGUGUGGGGAACUUGUGGAGGAAGAAACCCCAGAUACUACAGAGAGUUCCUCAAGGGAGGAGGCCUUUCUGUGGUGCAGGUGGCAGAGGAGGGGACAAAGAAGAGAAUCAAUGCACAGGAGUGCCAGCGUGGAACUCUGGAGCAGGAGAUACGACUACAACAGUGCGGAAAUUACAUAUGUGUCCCUCACUCUGUGA